AUGCUCAAUUCCCGCCUACGGCCCCUCCCCCGCCGCAACUAUCCCACCAUAGAUACAAACACCUCCGAAGCCCCCGUCCCAACCCCAAACUUCGAAAACAAAAAUGAACCCGACGAAGAAGAAGACCAAGAAGACAUCUUCAGCAGCUUCCUCGGCCACCUCUUCCCAGAUGAUGCCCCAGCCUUCCACGGCGACCCAGGCCAACACCUCCUCUAUUCUUCCCCCCGCUAUGGCAACCUAGACAUAAUGGUCCCCUCCUACCCAAGCUCCAGUGAGAACCGAAACGAAGAGAUAGCAGCAGGCCAAAAGAAAAACGACGGAACCGUCAAUGCAGUUGACGAAGGCCGGAAGCUAUUCGCGCAUUUCCUUUGGAGUGCUGCUAUGGUCGUUGCCGAGGGUGUCGAGGAGGCCGAUAUGCCUUUUGUCAAGGGGGGAGGUAGAGAGCGAGGCUACAAAGGAGGCAAGGGAGAUUUGGGGGGCGCCGCCCUCCCAUCAGUAAUCUGCGCCCUAGCAAACGCAACCACAGUUGCAGCAACAGACCACCCCUCAAGCCCAGCCCUAAGCGGCGCAAUAGCCUUCAACACAAGCUACAACCUGUCGAACCGAAACCCUCCCGUGAACGCUGCUAUAAGCAUGCACCCUCACGAAUGGGGCGUAUUAUCCGACCCCUUUUCAACAGCCAAUAAAGGGAAAUUCAGCCGGAUCUGUGCCGCGGAUUGUUUCUGGAUGCCGGAGCAGCAUGAGAACCUCACUCGGACUAUGCAGUGGUUCCUCUCGCCUGGUGGGAAGGUGUGGAUUGUUGCGGGCUUCCACACUGGGCGGCCUAUUGUCGCGCAGUUCUUUGAGACGGCUGUGCGUGGGGGUUUUGUUGUUGAGAGGAUCUUUGAGAGGGAUACUGUUGAGCGGUUGGAGGGGGGUGGGGAGAUUCGGCGGGAGUGGAUGCCUGAGAGAGAGGGGGAGAGUGUUGAUAAUCGGAAGAGGUGGUGUGUUGUUGCUGUUUUGAGGAGGGCUGAGUAG